AUUCCGUCCAGGAAGUUUCUAUGGUAUCCAAGAAGGGAGUGAAACCAAAGGCUGGCGGAAGUGCUACUUCCUCGUGCUUCCGGUUGGUACCUGGGCUGAAGCUAUAAAAAGGUCAAUUACUUGAAGGUGUGAUGGAUCCUCUGCGGGCUCAGCAGCUGGCAGCUGAGCUGGAAGUGGAGAUGAUGGCUGAUAUGUACAACAGAAUGACCAAUGCCUGCCAUCGCAAAUGUGUUCCUCCUCACUACAAGGAAGCUGAACUGUCAAAGGGGGAAUCCGUGUGCCUGGAUCGUUGCGUCUCCAAGUAUUUGGACAUUCAUGAGCGCAUGGGCAAGAAACUGACAGAACUCUCGAUGCAGGAUGAAGAGCUGAUGAAGCGGAUGCAGCAAGGGGCUGGACCCGCCUAAACGCCCACUUCUGAUUCUCCCAACCUAUCCCUAUACCUGCUGUCUGGACUGGUGUUAAUUCUUGCUUUUGCCAAUAAAACCUCCAUGCUAUGUUAGCUCUUCCAGCUGCUAGAGGGGCUGAUGCUUUGCCUUCCUUUCUUAGGCCUGAUCAAUGACGAUGCCUUGUGAAGGAAAACAGUCUCAUCUCGGGGACCCCUUUGUUAGCUUACCCUUUCUCUUGUAUGAAAAUUGGAGGCUAACCUUUGGACUUGCUCAGUGGGCUGUUUUAACAGUUAAUGUCCAGCUCCACAGAUUUUCCUGGAUUGUUUCCAUUCUCUUGGUACACUGACAGAAAAGAAAAUGAAGCAUUUUAUAAUUUUUCACUUACCAGUUAUCAUUUGGUUAAAACUCUGUUCUUUAUUAGGUGUGUGCAGUACUUCAACUUCAAGGCUAGGCAGGAGUUGCUUCCUUAAAGCAGCUGCUGUGUCUUUUCCUGAGAUCUGUUUGCUGUGCACCAAACAGAUUUGCAGACAGAUGCUGUGUGCAUCUCCCCAGGUGUUCCCCAUUUCGCUUUUGAUGUCAAAGAACUGCAUGCUGUUCUGUUUAGAACAGUGUUUCCCAACCUGGGCAACUUUGAGAGGGGUGGAGUUCAACUCCCAGAAUUCCCCAGCCGAUAUGGUCAUUACUAGGAAUUCUGGAUGUUGAAGUCCACACAGUUGGGAAAAUGCUUAUUUAGAAUCAUAAGAGCUGAAAGGUACUGAGGGCAUUUCUAAUAUGCUCCCUCUGCUACUGCAUAUGGAACCAUUAACUCACUUCCAUGGGAAUGGGAGUGGUACACCAUGUGGCACAACAAAUAUUUCUUAGCUAAUCUAGGUAGUCAGCCAAGCUAAAUGGGGGGAAAACAAUCUAAGUUACCAGCCAAUGUUAGGAAUGGGGAGGGGUAGAGCCUUCCCUUGCUCCAAAUUUCAAAUAUGAGAUGCUUCAGAGAGAUUUUCCCACAAAGGAAAGGGAAUAGGAGAACAGUACUCCUGCUGGCCCCUAGGAUAUGCCUGAUAACAUAAUUUUUAAUGUUCAAAUAAUUGAUAUGUCCUGAGCAAUGAUUGGGCUGAUGGAUGAACUGGCUGCAGUUGCAGCAGACAAUCACUAGGGGGAACUAAAGCCUGCAACUUUAAAGGCCACAGGUUUGCUUGGUUGGUUGGUUUGCCAAAGUUCAGGAAGUAGGGGACCCCAGUAUGUGGAACUCUUAAUGGACACACGCAGAGACAGAGUAUGUUGGAGAACUGUAGAAUGCUACAAUAUUUGAAAAGUGACUCCUGAUUCAACCACUUCUUCAAAGAAAGAUUACUCAAGUUAUUAGCUGUUGGCUGCUUUGCCAAAAUAAUAACUGCUGUUCUUGUUUCAUGUACUUAACUGAACCAGCAAUUUUUCAUUAUAUCCUGGUAUUUUUUA